UGUUUUCGCGGGGCUAAAGGGGGACUUCGCAGUAGUACAGUCACCUUUAUUUUUUAGUUUUUAGGUUUUUUUUUUGCAAAAAAAUCCUUGUUUGAUUUGAAUCAUAUAACUCCUUCGUUCAUGCUGUUGUUUUUGUUCUUUUAAUAACAGUGAGGGCGUGAGGAUGAUGGCCACGGUACCCCUCUCCAGUUCCAGCCUCCUCCCUCUCCUGGAAUCCCUGGAAGACACUACUGCUGGAGUGUCUGAGCAGACCGACGCCUACCUCACCAUAGCCAAUCGACUCAGCGGAGAAGAUGGACGGCAGUUCUUUCCUAUAAUCGUAAAACACUUUUCACGCCUGGGUAAAGCUUUUCAGACUCACAUAUCCAGUGAGAAUGAGGAGCUAAGCCAGGCUGCACUUCAAGCUCUGGGCUUCUGUGUGUUCAACACAAAUAUUGUCUCUGGCAUCCCAGCAAAUUUUGCAGAGGAGAUCUUGUCAGUGCUUUGUGCCCUCGUAUUAAAGUCUACAGAUAAGAACACAUGCACUAGAGCAUUAUGGGUGAUCUCAAAGCAGAACUUCCCUGCAGAAGUGGUGUCCAAGAAGACACCAGAAAUCCUCAAGACUUUAGACUCCAUGCAGACAAAAGACAUCCAGUCAAUCCUAAUGGAUCAUGAGUCACUUAAUGUUGUCAUAAAAUUGUUGGAGCAGGCUCCCCCUCAAAUGACUGAAGGGGCUACAUGCUGGGCCAAACUGAUCAUUCCUCUGGUGGUCCACUCAGCCUCGAAGGUGCGCUUGCGUGCAGCUGCUGCCCUCGAAAUGGGAAUGCCUCUUUUACUGGAGAAACAGAUGGAGGUGGCAGCCAUUGUAGAGCCCAUGAUGUCAUCUAAACUCAUCCCGGAGAUGCAGAAGCUCUUCUCUACCAAGAAUGAGAGUAAUGUGCUGAAACUCUGGCCGUUAUUUGUCAGGCUUCUGGGAAAGUUGCUUCAUAAAGGAGGCGCCUUCAUAAACUCCCUGCUCUAUUUAGAAGAGCUGGGUUUCCGCAGCUCUUCUCCAAGCAUUAAAAAAAUUGCCUUCAUCGCUUGGAAGAGCCUCAUUGAUAACUUUGCUCUUAACCCAGACAUCCUUUGUAGCAGCAAACGGCUAAAGCUGCUCAUGCAGCCCCUGAGCUCCAUCCUGGUGAGGACUGAAGCCCUGCUGCUCACCAAACUCGAAGUCUGGUGGUACCUGGUGGUCAAACUGGGCCCCAACCUGGCUGCUAAUUUUGAUCAGGUUGGUGUACCACUGCUGCAUUGCACACUUCCCCCAGACGCUUCCCUGCAGUCCUCAGUCACGCCUGCUAGAGGUGCUAGCCAGAGUAAUGGCAUUGCCCUGUCCACUCCUAAAGCAGUCUCAGGCGUCCCGUCGUGUAGCUCUCCAGGUGCGACCCCUCGUGCCAGCCUGGGCAGCAGCAUGAACCUGCCCCAGUCCUACACCUCCAUCCAGCUGCUGGGCCUGGAAAUGCUGUUACACUACUUUCUAGGCUCACAGGCUGCCGCUGCUGGUGCCAAGAGCAAACUGCAACUCAGUCUCGAGCCCCUGACGCACAAUCUCCUGAGCAGCCACUCUUUCUUCAGCAAGCACGCCUCUACACUCAUCUUAGCUGUUAGAGACGGCUUCAUCACCGUGGGCAAAAGCGCGCCAGAAGCCCUGCUAAGUCUGAUUUGGAACAGCCUGGUUAACCUAGUCAGUACAGUGAUAGAAGCUGCUGGCAAUAAGAAGGAAAGGCAAGGCUCUGAGGUCCUUACCCUGCUACUGCAGACUCUGCAGGCCAUUCUCUGUUCUGAAGCCCUGCCUAUCCCACGGGCUCUGCUUUUAUUGGAAGCCACUGUUAUGGGUAUCCCACAAAAAGUACUUGGAUCUGCUGCUUAUCAAGUGGCUAACAUGGAUGUUUUGAAUGGUACUCCAGCUCUUUUCUUAAUACUCCUCAUCUACAACAACAGUCUGCUCUCCUCGUUUGUGGCCGAUGAACGGUUUUUCCAAUGUUUGGAAACCCUUGUCAGCUGUGGUCUCUCUGGACCCACAUCUCCUUUGGCCUUUGGGGAAUCAGUUUUAGGAGCUGUCAGUCACAGUGUGGAGGCUGUAGAGAACAGAGAGCAUUUAUGGAGAAUGUGGAGCGUGAUGGUGAACCCUCUAACUGAUACCAUUACCCAAACAAAUGAGGUGAACCAAGGAGAUGCCCUUGAGCACAACUUCAGUGCAAUUCACAGUGCUCUGAUGUUCCCAGUUACCCACCUUUUGUGUGGUUCAGCUCUUCCACAGAUGACCCAGAAGUCCAUGCUGAGCACAUGGUCUCGGCUGUACAAGGCAUUUGCUCGCUGUUCUGCUCUGGUGGCCACAGCAGAAGAGAAUGUGUGCUGUGAAGAGCUGUGUUCCAGGAUUUCUGUGACACUGGAUGGUCAAACCCUGAAGAAUUUGUCUCAUCUUGAUGGAAUAGCAAAUAUCUUGCUCUUCAUCAUCGAGAGUGUGGAUUUCUCUCCAUUUACACCUCAGUUUCAGCAGAAGAUGAAAUCACCUCGUACCCCCCUGGGCCGGGUUCGGAAGAGGAGCAAAGCUCUGGGAAAUCUAUCCAGCUUUCAUGUGCUACUGUUGCAGGCAUUGGAGGCCUUCCUUAAUUUGAACUCUUCAGAAGAAAACAGUGUAGUUUUAAGUAGCCUGGGGUCCACUCUCAUCUCCAUUGUGUGCAGCCUUUUCAACAAUCUGUCAUUACCCAUUGCUAUUCAGGAGUCUUUAGCAUGCCUCAUAAAACCUCUUGCACUUUUUUAUGGACAAGAAGUAAGUUCAGACUGUGAACAGUCCCACCCUUUGCUAGGAUCCAAGUUGGAGAAGCUGCUGAGUGAGAUGUUGUGCUGUCUCCAAACGCGCUCUGCUCUGCAGUAUGACGAUGAGCUGCUGGCAGUGCUCUCUCCGCUGCUCUGUGUGCUUUUUCCACAUAAGAGCAAGCAGAUUCGUUCAGUCAUCACUCAGUUCUGGAACGCCACUUUUGGAAACACACUUAUACUGACUUAUCCAGAGAUGCUCAAGCCUGUUUUAAGUCAAGCUAAGCAGAAGGCUCCCUUAAUUUUGCCUGGCUUUCAAGGAGUAGAGACAUCUGAGGAUUACAGUGGACAGUGCUCAAGUGAAUGUUCUCAACUUGAUGCUGAAAUCAGUGGGAUAAAGGUGGCCUCGGUGGGGAAGAGGGAGUCCUUGCUUGCCAGAGCAGCGGAACUAAAGGAAAGGAGUUCUGCAGGUCCCACCAAACCUGUAUCUGUGAAACUGGAUUUUGGAUCUCCUAAGGUUCCACGCCGAGAAGUUCUUGAGGAGGCGGCAUCGGUAGAUUUCGUUUUCAUCCCACCUGAGGCAAAGGAGAGAGUGUUGACAGAACACCAGAAAGAAGUCAAAAGGACAAAAAGGGUUGAUAUCCCUACCAUGUACAAUAAUUUGGAUGCCUCUUUAGAUACCACCAUCUUUGCCCAGUAUACUCAGAGCCAAGAGGAAUCUUUGGACACAUUGCCAGCAGAUGAACAAGCUGAAACGAACAAAGUCAGUACAGUUGAAACUGGGCGUUUAGAGACUGAAGAAUCCUUUAUAAGUGGCAUUCAAGAAGCCCAAGAUAAUAUCAGUCUAGAGACAAAGACACCAGAAAAAGAAACCAAUCAAACUACUGAGAUAUCAUUAUCAGCAGAUCUCUCAGUGUCAGAUGUUGAUGAGCAUGACUCUGCUAAAAAGAGUGAUGGUCAAGAUGUGUCUGGUUCAUCUGACAUGAUCUCUGGCACUCCACCAAAACCAAGCAGCCGGCGUCAAUCCUUCAUCACCUUGGAGAAAUAUGCAGAAGGAAGGCCUGUCAGCCCCAUGAGUGUUACAAAAUUUACUGGUCCACUUACUAGGACUUCUUAUAGUCAAGACACGCCAAAGUCACAGCAGUUGACACCAGAUGGCUCUUAUUGCUCACUGCCAGAAAAAGAUGAAGGGCUUUCACAAGCAUUUGCCAGGAACAUGAGCCAGGAUUCAACUCAAAAGAGUGAAGAAAAAGACACAGAACUAAAGGCAGACUUGCAACCAGUGCCUCUGCAUUCAAGUGAAGGCAUCAUAGAUGAUGUGAUACCAGACACUCAGAGCCACGAUUUGAAUGUCACAGGUAAUGGUGGUGAAAAGUGUUUGCACAAGUCCAACUUGGAGGUGGAAACUGAAAUUGCCUCACUUGGGGAAGAUUCAGAGGCUGUUGCUGCUUCUAGUCAAGUGGAACCAAGGAGGUCAGGCAGACGCAGAAGUAGACCUGUCCGACCCGGUGAGGAAUCAACAGAUCAGGGAUCAAAAAACAAACAACAAAAAAGGCAUUCUGUUAAUGAGUUGACUUUGACUGAUGCGCAGAAGCCCUCACCUUCCAAGCGAAUGGACAGUGUUUUGCCUGGAAGAAGCAGAAGAAGCAAAGUUCUUGAGGAGAGCAACAGUGAAAAUGGUAGAUCGCAGAAUAGUGAGCGUAAAGAUGAACAUAGCCAGACUGAUUCACAAGCUUUAGCAGUGAUUUCAGCUACAGGUUUAUCGCAGGGAAGAAGUAGGAGAAAUAAGACUAGAGAGCUUAGCCAGUCCGAGCUUGCUAAUGAUAAGCAGUUUCCUUUGAGUCAAACAGAAAACAGAAGAGAAUCCCCUUUCAGUCAGUCACAUAGCAGGCUGUUAAGGAGAACCAGAGUGGUUAGUACCAUUGUUGAAAUUUUAGGCAAGAGGCAGAGAGUUGAAAACUCCCAAAGUGAUUCUCUAGCUAAUAUGUCCAUGUUAAAAGGCAAAAAUGUAGACACACAGUCAUCUGAUUCUGAGGUUUGUGGCCAAUCACCUGGCAGACCAAAAAGAAUGAAGAAGUCUGAGAUGCAUAAUACACAAAACAAAGAUCAGCCUGUCAUUGAAAAUGACCCAAGUCAGUCUGAUUCUCAAACAGUGAUUCCUGUAAAAGGCAGAGUAGGCAGAAGGAAAAAAGUUAGAAAGACAAGUGCUAGUAGAGAUACCACCCCAUCUAGUUUCCUCAGUACUGAAUGCUCCCUAUCUGAUGAGAUGCAGGACUCCUCUCAAAGACAUGGCAAAUACAAAACUCGCCGGUCAUCUCAAAGCUUGCUGUCUGUUGAGAGCUCAGAAUCUGAUGCUUCUGACAUCAGACAGGGACAAGAGCAAAAAUCAAAAAAGGCUGAAUCACAGAUACUGGUGUCUGAUUUGAUUGCAAAUGUGCCUGUUGGUGACACAUUAGGAUCAGUGUUGGGUGUGGAAGAUGUAAAUAUUCCUUUAAUUUCAACAGAUGAUUUUGAGAAGGAUCCAAAAGGCUGCUUGGACAUUAAGCUGCAUGAGGAUGGGGUCCUUACAACUGAAUGCCCAGUAAUCAAAUCUGACAUUUCAAAUGCUGAACCAUCUGAAGUGAAGCAACAAAGUGAUGAAUCAAACAUGCAAAAUGAUUGCCAUAAAGUGGAGCUAAUUACUGCUACUAUUGAAGAGGGGCCUGCUGAGGAAGAGGCAGUAAUAUCUUUGCAAAAUAGCCUUGUUUUACCUGAAAAAGUGGAGCUAAAAACUCCAGAAUUACACAGAUGCCCACAUACUAAAAGAGGUCGUGGACGCAGGCGCUCCACAAGCUGUAACUGCCUCCUAGGCCGUAGCAGUAUGUGUCCACAGGAAAGUAUUUGCAAUGACUCCCAUGUUUCUCAGGACCUUGAAGAUAAGAACACACUUGAACCUGUAAGCUUGCUAUCUGAAUCUGAUCUCGACAUAAUUAAGCCUGUCUUGAUAGAAAAUGAGUAUGUGGCUCUUGUAGAUAACUGUUCUGUAGAUAAUAAUGAGCAGUGUCCUCCAGCCUUGCCCAACUCAACAAACACAGAGAUGCCCACUAAUAACCCAGUGAAAAAUCUUGAUGAGGCUCCUUCUCUGUUGUCUGUAAUAAAAGGUCCAACCCAGGAAGACAAAAAAGAGAAUACGGAAGAUAAGCAUCAAGAAAAGGAACCAAAUGGCAGUGCCUCAGAUAACACUUCUGAUCAAGACCAACCCCAAAGUUCAAGUCCUCAAGAUGACUCUUUAAUCCGGAGUAAGCCUGUGGUGGAUAAAACUGUAAGACAAGAACAACUGGAAUGUCCCAUUUACCAGGAUGAAGUAACUGACAUGGCUGUAAAUGAAAAUGUAGAAAAGCUUGAAAUGCCAGAAAAGGAAGCCCUUGGGCAUGGAAUAGGUGGUGAUAUUAUUUCCAUCUCAGAAGGAACUGAAUUAGAUGGUUCUUCCCAUUUAGAAGGGGAUGAUGGUGAAGAAACACAGUUAGGCAACACAGAACUUCAACCUAAGACUGAUGAAUAUUGUGAGGCAAUCUUGCCUUUACACUCUGCCAUGACAGAAACGUGUCUAGAUUCCCCACCCAAGCAGAAGUCCUCAGAUUACUGCAGAGAUGAAGUAGGGCAAAGUCCUAACAGUAGUGUAACCCGUGGUGUAUGGUCACCGUCAGCUUCUCCAUCUACAAGCAUUCUUAAGAAAGGGCAGAAAAGACAGUGUGAAGAGGAUUCUCCAUCUCCUCUCCUUAAGUCCAGGCGAGUAUCCUUUGCAAACCCAAUUUACCAGCAGGAAAUGGCUGAUGACAUUGAUCGUCGUAGUCCGGUAAUAAGGACCAGCUCCCCAAGGUCAAAAGCUAUAGGACAGCCUAAGUAUAUACCAACACCUACCAAAGGCUUACUGACACUCAGCCCUCGAAACCUUCGCAGUCCAGGCUACAAGAGUUCAAAGAAAUGCCUAAUCUCAGAAAUGAAUCAGGAGCCUCGGCCCAUUCCAAAAGACUGUGUUUAUCCAGCCCUGGUCAGCUGUUCUACCCCGGUUGAGGCUGUUCUGCCACAAAUUUCCUCUAACAUGUGGCCUCGUGGAUUUGGUCAGCUUGUCCGUGCUAGAAAUAUCAAAACUGUUGGUGAUCUAAGUGCUCUUACCUCUGAUGAAAUUAAGAUGCUCCCUAUUCGCUCACCUAAGUUGUCAAAUGUCAGGAAAGCACUCAAAACCUAUCACGAACAGCAGCGAAAAGGGCGGUCUGAUGACCUAAAAUGCUUUGAUGAAACUGAAAAAAUGACCUCUGAACCUGAGGAGAUGGAUACACCUUCAAAUCCAGAUGAAGAACAAAUCUCUAGAGAUGUGAAAGAAAUUGUAUGUCCAGAUGUUCCGUCAGCUUUGGAACAGAAACUGCAGGAACCGUUGUGUGUAGAGCUGUUGUCGGACAUGGUGGCUCUUGGAGCCAGGCUAACCAAUGAGGAGCUCAGUCACUGUUCACCAAGUGAGCUGGGUCGGAUGCACGAACAUCUGAGUGGUAUGAUGAGAAGUAUUGUGGAUCAUCUUCAGUCACGUUUAGUCAACCUUGAGGACAGUUUGCCAUGAUGGCAUCCUAAAUCUUCACCCUGGGCUACCUUUAUGGGAUGUUAUGCCUCAUUCAUGGGAUAUCUUUAACAGGGUCUUUAGCAGAGGACUAUUUGUUUUAGUCAUCAUUUUAGACAUGGAGCUACAAAUACUUUCUUGGAAGAUAGUAGCUUGUACAAUUUUCCUGUCAUAUCACAAGAAAUGUUAGUCUUGGGUUUUAUGGGAUUUUUUAAAAUAAAUAAAUGCCGACCAGGUUGCAGAUGGCACUUUUUUAUAUUGAUGUACUCUUUGUUUAAAUAAAGUAAUGAAGGAGUAAUAGUUGUAA